AUGUCCAACGUCUACUUUGACAUCAGUAUCGCCGGCGUACACGCCGGCCGGAUCGUCUUCAAGCUCUAUGACGCGGGCGUACCAAAGACUGCUCGUAAUUUCCGGGCUCUAUGCACUGGCGAGAUGGGCUACGGGUACGCCGGCUCGGGGUUUCACAGGAUAGUCCCAAAUUACAUGAUCCACGGGGGUGAUAUUACAAAGCAUAAUGGCAGUGGUGGCAAGUCGAUGUACGGCGACACCUUUACCGAUGAGAACUUUACGCUUCACCACACUAAACCUUUUCUCCUCACCAUGGCGAAUAGAGGUAGAUCGAUGAACAACUCUCAGUUCUUCAUCACCACCGUCCCUACGCCGUGGCUAGAUGGUCAUAAUGUCGUCUUUGGGGAGGUGGUGCAGGGGGAGGAUGUGGUCAGGCGAUUGGAGGCGUUGGGGACCGCUUCCUUCUCAGGCAGUAAGUCUGUUAAUGCGGCGCUGGUGGCCUCGGAGGUGGGGUAUGACGGUGUCUGUGUUGAUAUGGUUUAG